AGGGUCAAUGUUUACGUUGGGAGAUGUCCAGGUGGCCGUUCGCCAUUGCUGCCCGCUCCACGUUUCAAAUUUGUUCCUCUUUCGCUCCUUCCCCCUCGGCUAGCUUUCGAAGCUCGUCUCGCUCGUCUCGCUCUCUGUCUCUUGCGCUCCCUUCAUUCAACGCUCGAGGCUGCCUCUCUCUGCUACUGCUUCACGCGCGGCCCUCCGCUUCCUCUGUUCCUCGCGAAUUCGUUUCGAUUGUCUGCGUUUCUGUGGUCGAAAGCCGCGAUCAAUUCCGUCUCUUUUCGUCGUCAUAAUUUUUAUCGCCUCCGUCCGACCGGCGAAUUCUAUCGAGAUCCGGGUGCGUUCUCAACUGGCUGAUAUGCGCAGUGCGUUGGUCAAUGAAGACAUUCUGGAGGAUGUGUUCUGUGUAGAUAGUAGAUGGCAGCGAGACCCAUAUUAGGCCGGAAGAACAAUCCACCAGCAGAGCAGAAGUACAGAUCUCCAGAUUGCAUGUGAAGAAGAGCUGUUCGUGUUUUAGAGCGGCAGGAUUCGUGGCGUCCCGAGGCAUGGGCCUGAAGCAGAAAUUGAGUGAACGCGUUGUGCCAUGCAGUAGGGAUAUGACCAAGUGGUUACACGCUGGCCUGGAAAAUACUGACUCGUGGUAGUAGCGGUCGUAUCAGUAGUUAGUAAUCAUCAUCAGCACCAGCAGCAGCAAGGUUAGCUGAGCAGCUGCAGCUCUGGAGGAACAUUUACAAGCUCUGAGGGUGGCAUGGGAGAACAGGUGACAGUGGGCCGAGGUAUGGAAGUAGAAGCUGCGGAGAAGAAGAAGGCCUUGAAGAUUGAUCCCGCUUGGGAGUUUCAAGCUCCGAAAUAUUAUGACUUCAUCGUAGGGGAGACAGAAGAUGAUAAAGUCGCGGCAGAGAAGUGGCUGGAGGCGGAGACUAGCUACGAUGCAUCUCCGCAUGUGGGGAAAACCAAGGCCGUCGCGGAGCUUCUUAAUCUCGAGUGUAAUGAUGAGGAUAUGGAAGAGGUCGUCGAAGCCAGAUCGCCAACAGAGAAUAAGGAGAAUCAACUAGAUGCAAGCUCCAUGAAGACUCCAGUGAAGAACCUGUCUGGACUUCUGAGCAGUGAGGCCGGAGGAAGCGCGAUCCGUAAAACAUUGGAGGAGAGUAUUGUCCACAAGAUCAAUGAACAAUCAUCAGUUCCUCCAGCAGCUGCUCCUGCUCCUGAGUCGGACGGUUCUGUGGAGUCCGAUGUUUCGCCCAACACUCCGAAGACGAACGAAGAUGGAGGCGUCAGAAACCCGGAGCGGACACCUCUCUCUGUCAUGCCCUCGUUGUCCACCUCGCCUGGAAGUCUUCCUGCCAAGCGAUUGCACUCUCAUGGCUGGAAGGAGGUCCAGGCCAAUGGAACUGCGACCAUGCCCAAGGUCCAAAAGCCCUCCGCUGCGAGGCGCUACUUGACCAGCACGAAGAAAAAAGAAACUCCUUUCGGAUUUAAGGGGUUUCUCAGCCCAGAUGAUCCCGCCAACAAGAAACAAAAACUUGAAGGAGGACGUCUGCGCCAGAUCAAGGAGCGCGUUGUUCGACCGAAGGAGCAAAAUGGUCUCACUGUGCCCCAAGAAUUUCAAUUUUGCACCGACAAGCGAUCUCGUCUAUUUGGCGGGACCGAAUGUGCGGCAGCUGCACAGGGUGGACGUGCUGCAUCACCAUUUGUUUCUAUGGCCGAGAAGGUUCGAAAAUUUCAAACGAAGACACCAGAGCGCUUCCACGUGAACCCAGCAGGCCACUGUGAUAUUGAUGAUCACGAGAAGAGGAAAAUGAAGCUGACCAGACCGAAGACACCCGACUUCGAAACAUCACACAGGACCCGACAAAUAAGGGUUAAAAGUACAGCCGAAUUAGAAGAAGAAAUGCUCGCGAAGAUUCCGAAAUUUAAAGCUCGCCCAGCUCCCAAGAAGAUUCUGGAGCCACAUGCUCCACCAACGAUACAAAAGACCACUCCACAUCUGACAGAGUUUCAGGAGUUUCACCUCCGAACAACUGAGCGUGCUCUGCAACACAAAGCUACUGAAUCAAGGGACACAAACACUCGGCAAGGGUCCUCUGUGGCUACAUCAACGGACUCUCUGGCUGCCGAGCUCAAGAGAAGACGUAAGUCAGCGCCCGGAGGCAGUGCUCAAGUAGAGCCUCCCCAUCUGCACACGGCAGCUCGAGUUCGUCCGCUAACUGUGAAAAGUAGAGAACAGCUGGAGAUUGAGGAACUCGCGAGAAUACCAAAGUUCAAGGCCCGACCGCUGAACAAAAGAAUUUUUGACAGUAGGGGAGACCUGGGAGUUUAUCGGAAUAAUAAGCGUGAAGUAACUCAACCUCAAGAGUUCCACUUCGCUACCGAUGAACGGAUACAGCACCGGGAGCAUCCUGCCAGUUUAGCUGACCAAUUUAGCAAAAUGUGUAUCAAUCAACAACACCACGAGACUAUUCUCCGGCCCACUGUACCCGAACCUUUCCAUCUUGAAACAGAGAAUCGAGGUCUACUGAAGGAAAUGAGGUUCUUACAAGAGAUUUUAGAGCGCGAACACGAGGAGUCACAAGCGCGCAUUCCUAGAGCUCAUCCUCUGCCAUUCACAACCGACAUACCAGCCAUUCCUCCCAAGCCUGAACCUCGAGAGGUUACUCGACCUGAACCUUUCCAGCUCGAAAGUUUGAUACGCCACGAGGACGAGCAGCACAGGCUUGCUGAGGAACGCAGAAGAGCCGAGGAGCUGGAAGCGGCGCUCAAAGCUUUCCGAGCGCAGCCUAAUCUGUCCACUGCUCCUGUGUUCGUCCCAUCUCGAUCAAGAAAACCACUUACCGAGGUGCAAGAAUUCCAGUUCCACUUGGAGGCGCGAGCGAUUGAUCGGGCCGAUUUUGAUAAAAGGGUGGUAGAGAAGCACAAUCAGUACAAACGGUUCAGAGAAGAGUACGAAGCGGCUCGAAGGGCGGAAGAGGAGAGAAGCAUCAAGGCAAUGCGUAGAGAAAUGGUUCCUCUUGCACGUCCCAUGCCUGUGUUCGGCAGACCUUUUGUUCCCCAAAGGUCUGCCAAGGAGCCAACGAGGCCAAUUUCCCCGGUUUUCCAAACCGACGUUGUCACUCGCCGUCCAUCUUCACACCGGAGACGGUCCUCAAUGACUUCAACAGCAAUUAUAAGACGGAGAAUGGGUCCUUCAAUCUUUGUAAAACAAAAAUAGUGUGCAGAAAUUAAUGGAAGAAGAUCCACGAGCCAGCCCAAGACUACUUCGUCCUUCUUCCGCCCAUUCGUGUAAGAACCUGAUUCUUGGCAGCAGUAGUAACAUCAUCUUCCACAACCUCCAUCAUCAGCGGGAUAAGCCUCCGAUGAAGGCCUUCCGCGAAUGGAGGAUCUGUCGAGAUGGAUGUUUUCUUCUCUAAAGGGAGACUGAUUCUUACUCGGGGUUUAGAGGUUGUGACAUAAUACCCCACCAUACCCAACAAAUCCACCGUUUUGCCUUUCAUGCAUCAAGAAGUGACGAAGAUGGAAGGCAAGAAUUAGGAAUUAGACAUGGGUUCUUUGAGAUAUGACACCCGACAGCGGGGUGUUCAGAGGAAGGAGCUGUGAAGUGUCAUGGGACGGAAGAUUCACGGCGUUGCUACGUAAAUGGAUAUGGGCAGACAUAGAAAGUCAUUAUUUGUCCCGGUUAGUUGAAAUAGGUUGACUCUAGAAACUGUUGCUCGCAUAGUUUAGAAAAGUCGGACACACGGAGUAUAUUUGUAUGUCUAGUAGGCGAGAGAGGGUGUCAACAGCUCUGCUGACCUGCGUGAUUGUAGAUUAGAGAGUAGAACGUAGCGAAAUGGGUGACUUCUUCGGCUGCCCCCACCAUGUGUAUGUGGCAACUUACUCAUUCUUUCUCCUGGAAAGAGAUGAUUCUUUGUACAUUAAUCAUUACCAAAUUCACCUUCUCGAAUUAGCGUUU